CUAAAGCACCACAGACACUAACACACGCAGCCGAGACAACCUGGCCGCAAUAUGCACAUAACAACCCAGAUAACAACCCCAGCUGAAGCAUAGUCAUACUGUAAGAUAACAUGUCUGGCGCCAGCAGGUUCUUGACGCGCUGUGCCUGAUCCGCUGUGCCUGACUGCUCUGUCACGUAGCUGGAGCGCGCUGCCGCAUCUCUAAAAAACCUGGAAGCUGCGCAAGGGUUUGUCGCAGCAGGCAGCUCGGCACCCGUGUGGGCUGCGGUGGGACUGCAGAGCCUGCCCGGCCUGGUCGCACUGUAUGGGCUGGUCCUGCGGCAGGCCACGGCCACAGCAGUGGAUGCGAUCGGGGCGCUCCCUCGCAUUCGCGUAGGCGAGCUGAGCGCCUACGAGCGCGUGUGCCAGACGCUGUCGCACCACCUUACCCAGCACCUAAGGGACAUGCUGAAUGCGCGUGCGAGGAGCACCAGCACCAAGGACAACACGCGCGAGACUGCGGCAACCGUGCUGGCGCUGUCGCGGACGCACGUGCUGCGGCUGUGGGCGCGGCACCUGGCGACGUUCACGCAGCAGCUGGAGGCCGGGUUCAGCGAACUGUCGGCGCUGCUGCUGCAGGAGCAGGAGCAGCAGGAGCGGCGGGAGCGGCGGGAGAGGGAAGGGCCAGCCGGAAGCGGCGAUGGGCAGAAGGAGCAGGAGCAGCAGCGGCGGCAGCGGGACCAGGAGCGGCUUCAGGAGCAGGUGCUUGAGGACAGCCCCUCGCUCAUCUUUGAGGUGCUGGGCGCAAUGAUGCAUGCGGUGCUAGGCGUCGCCGACAGCGGCAGCGGCGACGAUGGCGGCAGCAGCAGCACCAGCAGCGAGGGUGGCGGUAACGGCAGCGGCGACAGCAGCAGCACCGCCCAGCAGGAACCGGCUCCGACAGCCUCAACAGCAGCCGCACCACCACCACCAGCAGCCGCACCACCAGCCUCGCCGGCCUCGCCAGCCGCCGCUGGCGUCGCCUUUUAUCAGGAGCUGGUGGACAGCGGCGUUUUGGAGUGGGCGGCGCGGUGUUUGCUGGCCACGUCGGCGGCGCUGGCGCCCUACCGCCCCUACACACAGACCGACAUCAAGUACAACCUGCUGGCGGCGGCGCCCAACCCGCGAGCGCAGCUGGUGGUCACGAGCAGCGCGGUCGAGUACGUCGUACGACACUGGGUGGGCAUGCUGGGCCGCGGUCUCACCCUGGCAACGCAGCCCGUGUGGGCUGCGGGACAGGGCGCAACUGGCCGCGCCAGAAGCCGCGCCGCCGCCGCCGCCGCAAUCCGGCAGCCACUGGCGCGUGCGCUGGCGGCGGGCCACUGCCCCUGCCUGUCACACCUGUUGGCCACCUACCUGGUGGGCCUGUGUGUGGCGCUGGAUGGUGGGCCCGACUACGGCUUGCCGGGCCUCACCGCCGCGUGGCGGGCGGUGGAGGCGGGCGCGGCGGCAGACCACGGCAAGCGUGUGGGCAGCACGGUCAGCGAGCGCUCCAAAGAUGAGCAGACGGCAUUUGUGCUGAAGCAGCAGCGGGCCGGUGACGCAGCCCUGGCCGGCGCGGCUGCGGCGGCGGCAUGUGCGGCGGCGGCGGCGGCGGCUGUAGCAGGUGACGGAUCUGGAUCUGCGUCUGGAUCUGGAUUUGGACCUGGAUCUGGACCUGGACCUGGGUGCCGCGGCUGGCUGGCCGCGGCGGCGGCGCAGCUUUCAAAUGAGAACGGUGGACCACUCGGGCAGCUGCGCACCGGCGAGGAGCGGUACUGUGGCUACCUCACGGCGCGUUCGGACGUCCUGCAUGGCCCCUUGGAGCUCUGGGCUGAGGCGCUGGCGGCUGCGCCGGGGCUGCUGCUCGAUGGGGGCAGCGGGCAGGGGGACUCGGGCAGCGGCGGCGGCAGGGCGGAGGCGACAGGAGCGGUGCCGCCCGGGACUUCAGGCGGCACCGGCGGCCGUGGCAGUGGCAGCAUCCGCGGCUGUGGCAAAAGCUGUGGCGGCGGCUGCAGCAGCGUACUCAGGAGCAGGGUACGUGCGGCUCUUGUGGAGCGGCGGCAGGAGCUGCAGCGGCUCCGGUCGCGGCAGCCACAACUGCAGGCGCCGGGCGAUGACGCCGCCACAGUAGCUGAGAAGCAGUGUGCGCAGGCCGUGCGGCGGCUGGGGGCACUGGCGACGGCGUGCGGCGCCACGCCGCCGCUGAACACGGCCGCAAUGGCGGCGGUGUGCGUGCGGCUAUUGCUGUUGGCGACGGACGCGAGGAGCGACUCGUCAGUCGGCAUUGAAUCGAUUGCCAGCUGGGAAGGGCUCGUAGACGCAGCAACCAAACACGCGACAUCACUGGUUGCGGCUCUGCACGCGCGGCACCGAUUGUGGGACGGUGUCGCGUCUGACUCUGCUGCAGUAGGGGCAGGGGCUGGUAUCGAUGACGCAGCGAAAUCCGGGCCGCGGUCAGGGUCAACGGAAGCGGCUUCAGGCUCUGGCGCCACAUCAGCACAGCCGGGCGCAGGCGCCCUGGCAGGUGCAGGUGCAGCGGCGGAGGACGAGGCGGCAGAGGAGGCGGCGGCAGGCACGGGCCGUGCGGUUGGACGACCCAAACUGGCUCCUGACCAGACAGCGCACCUGGCACGCGCCACGCUACUCUGUAGCAAGGCCGCGCUCCUAGACCUCACGUCGGGAGCAGUAGCCACCGGCGCGGAGGCUGUUGCAGCCUCAGGCGCAGCCAUCGGGGCGGCCUCAGCCACAGCCGCUGCAGCGCGUGCAGCGGUAGGGCCGUUGGAUGCGGCGGCGGCGGGCCUGGAUGUGAGGGCGGCUGCUGCCGCGGCAAUGGCGGCGGCGGGGGCCCGUGGGGGCCCAGAGGUGGAGCGGCUGUGGCGGCUGUGGUGGGGUGCGGCGUUAGGCUGGGUGCAGCUACUGUCGGCGCCGGCCGGGCCCAAUGAUCCGGGCGUGGUGACGAUUCGAGAGGUUUCGGAGGUUGCGCGAGCCAGGGCGUUGAGGUGCCAGUGGCAGUGGCAGCAGGUGGCGGAGGUGCUGGCACUGGCGCUGCCGCCGACGGAGGGGCGCGCCCCGACCGGGGCUGAACAGGAGCCUGCAGCAGUGCCGGCAGCAGCAGUAGCUGCAGCGGCGGCGGCCAUGCCCACGGCAGCAGAAGCAGUAGCAAAGCUCGACCAUGAUGCUCUGGCGGACGCGGCCAUGACAUGGCCGGCGCUUUAUGCAGAGGACGGCGCGGCUGAGGCUUUGCUGCCAUGGACGCGUGCGGCGGUGGAGGCGGGCUGGGUGUCUGUGGUCGAAGCCAUGGCACGUCGCGGCCCGGAGCUGAGCUGGGCGGCUUCGAUCCCUCGGAACACCGCAGCAGCAGCCGCCUUGGUCGAAGCAGCGCUGCAGCACAGCCCCCGACAGCUGGCGUCCCUGCUGCGGACAAUGGCCAAGCAGCUGCGGCGGCGGGCCUCUCUCACCGGCUUGAUGCCGGCUGCACCCGCCGCAUCACCCGCACCAUCCGCCCCCGGCGCGCACCGGCAACAGCAGCUACAGCAGCCGCAGCAGCAGCCACAGCCACAGCAGCCACAGCAGCAGCCACAGCCGCAAGGCGCUGCCGCCAUCUCUGCCGGCGGGGGUGAGGGGGCGGAGGCGGCCGGGGUCGACUGCUCUUCCUACGGGCUGUGGGACGCUAUGGAUGCGUGCCACUACCUGCUGGGCGGCCUCGUAGGAGUGCUCGUGUGCGAGAUGGUGCUGGUGUGGCGCGGCGUGAGGCCCAGUGGCGGCGCCGGCGGCGGCAACGGCGCAGCGGUGGGCGAGGCGGAGGCAGCAGCCGCUGCCUCUGCCGAUGGUGCGGGCGCGGGCGCAGGCAUCAGCACCUGCAAUGGCGGCGGCGCGCACGGCGGUGCGGGGGCGGAGGAGGAGGACGAAGAGGAGGAGGAGGAGGAGAGUGAGGAGGAGACGGCAGUGGCGGCGUGGGUGCGCUGCGGCAUGGAGCGCUUCUACCGCCUCGAUGUACGGGGCGGCGGCUCCUUGCGCCGCUGGCGGCGGCAUCAGCUGCGGCGCUGCCUGCGCUCCAGCGGCGCGGCGCAGGUGCUGCCGCCGGCGAUAGGCUUGCUGCGACUCCUACUCGGUGCGUGCGAGGCGCAGCUGAUGCGAGGAGGAGGCGGAGCCACGCCCACAGAUACACAGCGGGUGGCCGUUGAGGCGUUAGCCUUAACCGCUUGCGAGCUUGCGGUGGUGUUGCUGGAGGAAGUGAUGGGGCUACAGGACCGGGUUGCAGGUGCGGAGUGGGAGGAGACGCGGCACCGCAGGACGGCACCCGCACUGAAGCGGGCGGACCGCGCGGCAGCGGCCACGGCAGCAGCAGCGUGGCGGAGGGGAGCAGCCAGCGGCGUGAGCGGAGCCGCGGGUUGCGGCAGCGCCGGGGUGGCCAACACCGACAACAACAGAAACACCGGCAGUACCAGCGGCGGCACCAGCGGCGGCACCAGCGGCAGCACCACCGGCAGCACCACUGGAAAUGCUGCCGACCGGCAGCCGCCAAUCAACCAGCCGGAGCACUGGCCCGAGUUCGUGUGGUGGCAACUUGACCUCGCGGCGGUGCUGCGGCUGGCGCUGCGCGUGUACGGCGCGUACUUGGAGCCGGAGCAGGAGCCGGAGGGCAGGCACAGCCACCGCGCCAAGGACAUCGUGAUUCGUGUGCUGUGUGUGCUGGCCGACCAUGCACGUGCGCGCCGCGGCCUUAAUGCCUGGGUGCUGGGGGUACCCAGCACCAGCAACACUGGCGGCGGUGCAGGCAGCGGUGAGGGUGGCGGAGGUGGUGGCGGCGCGGGAGGAAGCGGCAGCGCGGCGGGGGCGGCUGAGGCGGAGGUAUUGGACCCGGUUGAGGAGAUGAUUGAGAGCGGCGAGGAUCCGUAUGUGAAGUACCAUGUCCUGCAGCAACUGGUGGACGAGGCUUGGGCCUUCGCCGGGGCGGAGGCCGGCGGCAAGACCGACAGGAAAGGCUGCGGCAGCGGCGGCGAUGGGGAUGGCGCAGCUGGUACAAAGAAGAUGAAGGAGGAGGCUACGGAUCCUCGGCUGGGCCCGAUGGAAUGGCUGGCAGUAGCGCUGGCGGCGCGUGCGGACGUGUGCGCCGGUUGCUCCAACCCCGCCUGCGCCAACAUGCAGGGCCCCAGCGAGCUCGGGCUGCGGCUGCCGGUGCGCUGCCGCGGCUGCGGCCCGGGCCCGGCCGCGGCGCAGUACUGCGGUCGCGAGUGCGCGGUGGAGCACUGGCGGGCGGGGCACAAGGCGCGGUGCCGCGGUGGCGUCGGCGGCAGUGGUGGUGGCGUGGGCGGCAGUGGUGGCGAUGGUCGUGGUGGUGGUGGUGGUGCUGCUGCUGGCGGCGGCGGCAUAGGGUCCAGCAAUGCCGGUGGUGGCAGCGACAGUGCUGCCGGUGCUUAGAGACAUGGCAAAAUAAGCAAGUGGCGGAUACAGUUGAGUCCCGAGGAAUAAAGUGCACCCAGCCCAGGCAUCGGCGAUCAUGGAAAGACGUCGCCCGCGCCAGUGGUGCUGGCGCUGGUCUCGGUCUCGGGGCCGCUGCUGCAGCUGGCAGGUAGCAAUCACUAGCUACGCGUUUGUGGCUUCGGGUUUUGUUGAGCUGUUGAACCGCAAACAUGUAUGCGCAUGAGCUAUGCGACUGCAGCUUAUGGACACGGCGCUUGUAUUAGGCUCCUGCACGCCCGGCGUUCGUGCUGAAACCCGAUAGUGAGUCG